AUGGCAACAUUCAAAAGCAUCUUCCUUUUCUAUUAUUCCAUUCUAUUACUAUCCUCCAUCUUUUCCACCCAAACCACCUCCUCCGCUGAUCACCAACCCCUCAAAACCUACAUCAUCCAACUCCACCCACAAGCCAUGUCAUUAUCACCCUCCCUUUUCAAAUCCAAACUCCAUUUCCACCUCUCAUUUCUCCAAAAAAUCAUCACCGACCCUCCUUCCUCCCGUCUCUUAUACUCAUAUCGAUCCGCCAUGGACGGUUUUGCAGCCCAGCUCUCAGACUCCGAGCUACACUCCAUGCAAAAACUCCACCACGUUAUCGCAAUACGACCCGACCGAGUCCACAAACUCCACACCACCUACUCCUACAAGUUCCUGGGCUUGAGCCCAACAAUAAAAACCGGUGCUUGGGUCAAAUCCGGGUUUGGACGCGGGUCCAUCAUCGGUGUACUCGACACCGGGGUAUGGCCCGAAAGCCCGAGCUUCAACGACCAAGGAAUGCCACCUGUUCCUACCAAAUGGCGAGGCCUUUGCCAACCUGGAGACGACUUUAACACUUCCAAUUGCAACAAAAAACUAAUCGGGGCGAGGUUUUUCAGCAAAGGUCAUCGGGUCGCUUCAUUGACUCCAACCGAAAACGAAGUGUCCGAAUAUUUAUCUGCCCGAGACUCCCACGGGCACGGGACCCACACCGCGUCAACCGCAGCGGGGUCCGCGGUCCCGAUGGCGAGUGUCCUCGGGAACGGGGCGGGUGAGGCGAGAGGUAUGGCACCCGGGUCGCAUAUCGCGAUAUACAAAGUGUGUUGGUUUAGCGGGUGUUACAGCUCGGAUAUAUUAGCAGCAAUGGAUGAGGCAAUUAGAGACGGGGUAGACAUUCUUUCGUUAUCUCUCGGUGGGUUUCCGAUUCCGCUUUAUGAUGACAGCAUUGCAAUCGGUAGUUUCCGGGCCAUGGAGCAUAAGAUUUCCGUCAUAUGUGCCGCCGGGAACAACGGGCCGAUUGCAAACUCGGUGGCCAAUGUGGCUCCGUGGGUUGCAACCGUUGGUGCCAGCACACUUGACCGGCGGUUUCCGGCGGUGGUUCGUAUGGGCGAUGGAAGGUUUCUGUAUGGUGAGUCUAUGUACCCUGGGAACCUACACCCGGGUUCCGAGAAGGUUCUAGAAGUUGUUUACUUAAAUGACGGAGAUAGAGGAAGUAAUUAUUGCUUUCAAGAUUCUCUUCCGAGAGAUAAAGUCGCCGGAAAAAUGGUGGUCUGUGAUCGUGGUGUCAACGGGCGGGCGGAGAAAGGGCAGGUCGUGAAGGAGUCUGGUGGUGCCGCCAUGAUUCUGGCCAACACCGAGAUAAACAUGGAGGAAGACUCCAUUGACGCCCAUGUUUUACCCGCGACAUUGAUCGGGUUCACAGAAUCGGUUCAUUUGAAGAUUUAUAUAAACUCUACAAAAAGACCAACGGCCCGGAUUAUAUUUGGUGGGACCGAAAUCGGGAAAACCAGAGCCCCUUCGGUGGCUCAGUUUUCAUCACGGGGUCCAAGUUUCAUGGACCCCGUGAUACCUAAACCCGAUAUUAUUGCCCCAGGUGUUAAUAUUCUAGCGGCUUGGCCACAAAACCUAGGGCCAUCGGGGCUUCCGGAAGAUUCUAGAAGGGUCAACUUCACGGUGAUGUCGGGGACAUCUAUGUCAUGCCCUCAUGUUGGCGGGCUAGCAGCUUUGAUACGGGCCGCACAUCCGAAAUGGAGCCCAGCAGCCAUUAAGUCAGCACUUAUGACAACAGCCGACACGACAGAUCAUUAUGGGAAACCUAUCAUGGAUGGAAACAAACCGGCUGGGAUUCUUGCUAUGGGGUCUGGACAUGUGAAUCCAGAAAGAGCUAUACAACCUGGAUUGAUAUAUGACAUCAGUCCAAAUGAUUACAUCAUUCAUUUAUGUGGCAUCGGGUAUACAAAAUCACAGAUUUUCACCAUUACUCAUAGGAACGUGAGUUGUCAUGAUAUCAUGAAGAAGAACAGGGGUUUCAGCCUCAAUUACCCUUCCAUUUCUGUGGUUUUUGGAUCCGGGAUGAAUAGUAAGAUGAUCAAAAGACGUGUGACAAACGUGGGAGACCCCAACUCGGUUUACACAAUCAAAGUGGUUCCACCAGAAGGAGUCAAAGUACGUGUGAGACCAAGGAGGUUGACAUUCUCACGUUUGAAUCAGAGUUUGAGUUACAGAGUUUGGUUGAUUUUAAGAAAAUCAUCAGGGUCAAAAAGAGGGAAGUUUAGUCAAGGGCAGUUGACAUGGAUGAACUUGAAGGAUGACAAAAUCAAGAUCCAAAGUCCUAUUCUAGUCACAAGGUCAUCUAACAAGAACAAGAAUCAUAUGUAG